CCCGGUGCGAGCGGACGGUAUCACCGCGCGCUCGUCUCUGCAUAUGCCGGCCAGCAGGCCGUUUCCCCUUGGCUUUGCUCAUCUCUGUAAGCAUUAUCUCGUCUCUCCCCGUGUUGUAGACACGUCGGCCGGGUUUGCGACAGGCACCUGUUGGCUGGCUCGCAUCGCUUCUUCCCUACCCUGCUCCGGCUGCGUCUUCUUCUUCUUCUUAUCUCAACAGGUCUCUGACCCGAAAGACUCCCAUUCUGCUUCUCACUCGGGCACCAAGAUCGCUGUUUGGACUGUCACCUUGAAGACAGACGUCUGAAUGUCUGAACACGAGACCCAGUACGGUCGCCACGUCCUGAGAAGUGGCUUUACCACAUUCUGCAUCAUAACCGUCAUAAGACACCAUCAGUAAACGAGUACAACUACAGGAUCGUGCGAAUUAACAUCUCGAGUGACAUCGCAAUAUGAAGGGCCGUCACCAGUUCCGACGGAGAUUCAGUCUUCAGCCGUCAUUUCUGAAGGAGGAACCUGAGGAUGAUCGACGUCAUCCUCACAACAGCGUGUCACCUUCGAGGUCCGAACGCCAUGUGGACACGGAUUCCUCAGCUGGAGCUACAGAGCACGCACGGCACAAGAUUGUGGUGAUGGGCGCAGCCAAAGUCGGCAAGUCGUCGCUCAUAUCCCAGUUUCUCUACGGCACAUUCUCGCCCAAAUACAAACGCACUAUCGAGGAAAUGCAUCACGGAGACUUCAGCGUGGCCGGUGUCACCCUCACCUUGGACAUCUUGGAUACUUCUGGCGCGUACGAAUUUCCGGCUAUGAGGGCCCUCUCCAUAUCUUCGGCUGACGCUUUCAUCUUGGUUUAUGAUGUAAAUGAUGUCUCAACAUUCGAGGAAGUGAGGUCUCUGCGGGACCAGAUCCACGAGACGAAAGGCGGGACAGCAGUUCCCAUCGUCGUUGUAGGAAAUAAGAUUGAUCUUGAGGAUGAACACAGAGAGGUUGACUUGGAGACGACGGAAUCUGUUGUAACAGUUGACUGGGAGAACGGUUUCGUGGAAGCGUCGGCCAAGGAGAACACGAACGUGUCACAGGUUUUCAAAGAAUUGUUGGCGCAAGCCAAAGUGAAGUACAACCUGAGCCCAGCGCUGCGCAAGAGACGCAGACAAUCCCUUCCCCGGCACUCGAUAUCCGAAGGGUCGGCCUCGACAUCUGCCAACUCCUCGGUCAUCCCUUCGCCCGCACAGCUGCAGCAUCUGCAGCAGAUACAGCAGCGCCAGGGUGGCGGCAAGAGGAACUCCUGUAUUCUCUCAUAAAGUUAACUAGCGGUCUGAUGGCUAUCUGUUGUUUGUCGUGUUAUCCUAAGACUUUAGACUUCGAUUUUUAUAAGUAUGGGCACUGAAGGAAGAACCAAAAGUUCUAAAGAAUCCGAAGUAUGCAUUACCCACAAAAGGAAAGCUAAAUGUUACAUUUCUUCUAAUAAAUCUAAGUGAAUGAUAAAUAAUAUCAUACAUAAAAAUCAUCAGUUUCUUUAAUUUUGUAGUUGAAAUAUCAUUCGACUUUCAUCUAUGGACGUACUACAACCCCAUCCAAUUUAGACCGCAAACUUUCAUAGUCAUAUUUCAUUGCCUCUUUAUAUACUACAAUGUAAUCUUUAGUUGCGUGUUUUAUGUGAAGGGAUUGGAAGAAAUCCUGCAGCCAUUAAAUACUGCAUUCGUCUGCUCCAGUUCCAUUUCCAUCGCGUUCAUUUGACCAUCCCGCCGGACUUAUACCGUCUACAGAAGUUAAAUAGCGCAAGUGCAACAAAUGUUACUUUAUGGAUUUGAGGUUUUCACGGCGGUGAGUUCGAAAAUGGCUGUCUUCUGGGUUCUUGCGUCGUGUGGUCUGGUAGA